UAUAUCAAAUGAGACAGAAUUCACAAAACACCUAAAAAGUUGUCCUUUACUUCAAUUUCAAUUAGUUGAAAGAUCACAAUCGGUCUUGAGUAGACUCUAGACCAGUUGUUCAAUUUGACUUGUAAUUCCAUCCCCAUUUCCUCUCCACCUGUUUGGCAUUUGCUGUCUGUUCCCUGAGUAAUCAUCCAAUCAAAGAAAAGAUCACCAUGGAUGAGCAUCCUCCAAAGUCCACCAUGGAUGAACAUCCUCCAAAGUCCUCCAUUGAUCAAUCAAAAUCCAUCAACCCAGAUCUCCCACCUCCACCAUCAGAUCCGGAACCGAACCCAAAAUCAUCAUCAGAAACUCACUCCACCGACUAUGCACCAUACCCAAAACUCGACCCGAAUGACGUCGUUCCACCGCCGGACCCGCUUUUGUCUACUGCUGCUACAACCGAAGCAACCACUAUGCUAUCUGAAUCAAACCCUUAUGUUUCCGCGCAUCCUGCUCCUCCUUCUGCUCCCAAAAAAACGAUCGAUACCGUGAAGGAUGUUUUAGGGAAAUGGGGAAAGAAAGCUGCUGAAGCUUCUAAUAAGGCGCAGGAUCUUGCUGGCAAUAUGUGGCAACAUUUAAAAACAAGCCCCAGUGUUGCUGAUGCUGCAGUUACUAGAAUUACACAGCAAACUAAAAUAAUUGCUGAAGGGGGUUAUGAGAAGGUAUUCAAGCAAACUUUUGAGUGUCUUCCGGAGGAGCAACUUAAAAAAUGGUUUGCUUGCUAUCUCUCAACAUCUGCGGGUCCAGUCAUGGGAACUCUAUACUUGUCAACAGCAAAGCUUGCAUUUUGCAGCGACAAUCCUCUUUCAUACACUACCAAUGACAAAACUGAAUGGAGCUAUUACAAGGUAGUUCUUCCGUUGAAUCAGUUGAAAGCAGUUAAUCCAUCAACUAGCAAAGUAAACGCCGCUGAGAAAUACAUUCAACUAAUCACUGUCGACAAACACGAGUUUUGGUUCAUGGGAUUUGUAUACUAUGACAAGGCUGUCAAGUAUCUGCAAGAAGUAAUUCAGGCUCAAAGCUCUUAAUUUAUGCCAAAGAAGCUCUUCAGAGACUACCUGUGUCAUUGUAGUUUGUAGAUAUAAUAUGUUGUUUGCAAAAUAUAUCCCUUUUUGCUUGUUGGGUUUCUUAAAAGUUUUUGUUUGUUAAUUAUUGAAUAUAGAAUCUUGAUGUUUUUAUUUUCCAAUUUCCAAUAUGAAUGCAA